CACUGCUAAAAAUGUCAGUUCAUACAUAUCAAUGCACUACAAAAGAGUGAGACAUUGAGGCAAAACACUACUGCAUCUGUCACCAGCAACUUGUGUGUAGCCGGUGCAAUGCCAAUAGGCAUUAUGCAUGUGAACUUGUCAGGGUAUGACAGGCUGAAGAUUUGGAAGAUAUGACUAAGUUACUCCAUGAUUUUGUGGAUGGGCUCAAGAACAAAGCUGCUCAGUAUGAUUUGGUCGAGAAUAUACAAGGACUUGAACAAGCAUUUCAGGAUGUCAAUGGUGUUGUAAAAAUGUUCCAAGCUAAUGUUGCUCAAUGCUUUGAAAAAGAUAAGCAUGAAGAUUUCUCAAUGCUUGUGUUCCAAGGCAAACAGAUAUUGUCAGACAUCUUUGAAGGAACUAUCUUUGGUAACACAACAAAGUCAAAUCCGAUUCUGAGACUUCUGUUUGACAGCCAAGUACUGGACACUCAGAAUGGAAACUUUGUUCCACCAAUGAGAGACAUCAAUAUCCUUGUCAACCAGAGAUCGAAGGCUUUGGUGAGUGAAUUCGCUAGAAGGAACAAGAAAAUGUAUGAGGACAAGCUAAAAGCUCAAAAAUAAGAUCAUAGCAAUGCAAAAAGCUUCAGAGCUUCGUUCCCAAAUAGAUAAAUUAAAGCUUGAAAUCAAGCAAAAUAAAUUUGAGACAGACCAUAUAAUAAACAAACACAGGCUCACAAUUGCAGCGAUAGAUGAGAAAAACAGGGACAAUUCUUCUAUAGAACAAAGAGAAUGCAUCCCACUGAGAUCUGUUACUCUUAUAGGACUACGUAAUGUAGGGAAAACCUGAAUGGGUUCUCGCCUUUGCGGACAUGAAUUCGACCCCUGAACUAAUGCUACGACUGGAACCGGGUCUUCACAAUGCUGCACAAUAUUCUGAGGAAGACAGGUGAAAUUUCAUGUUUUCGACACAGUUAGAUUCUCAAUGGAGUAUGAAAGACUUCCUAUAGAUUCAUUAACCCGAAAUAAUUGCCUCUUAUUAGUCUAUGAUAUCACAGAUGAGAGCUCUCUGAAAGUAUGUCAAGAUUUCAUAGAUCAUGGAAAAGAAACAGGUAAUAUAGUUUAUUUUUUAGUUACCAUUGGCUUAUCAUCACACUAUAAUUUAUCAGUAUUCGAGUCAUCCAUGCCAAGCAUUCUUUAGCAUGAAUGCAAAGUAUCUGUCUAUUCUGGACAUUCUUUAUGAAAUAAGACAAGAAAGCAUAAGCUAAUUAAACAGAUAAGCUUAAAGAUAGCAUAAUAUACUUGGUCGGCAACAAGGCUGACCUCGAAGAGUAUAGAUGUGUCAGCCAAGAUUCAAUUAUUGAGUUCAAAGCCAAGAACAACAUAGACUUCCACUUCUUAAUCUCUUGUAAGACUGGAGAGGGUAUUGAGCAACUAAGAGAACAAAUAAUAGGAAGUAUUCUCGAACUGCAGCUCUUGGUGUUACAAAAAGAUUCAUCAAAGAAACAAAGCAGGAAAGAGAAUGAAAAGAACAAGAGGAGACGCC